AAUUAACUUGUGGCGGAACCUAUUCUUGCUUUUACAAACUAAAAAAAAUAAUGUAAAAACUGGAUAAUUCGACAACAUAGUUGUUUUACCAUAAAUAGUGUUCACUGUACUUUAACUUAUCCUCUUUCCAAUGCUGCCGGACUUCCAAGUGACAGAGUAGCCAGACCGUCAAGGAUAAGAACCGUUAGAUUUAUCCAGACGCAUAAAAAUAAAGAGAUUUCAACAAACUUUGGAAAAGAACAAUACUUAAUUAUGUUUCGAGUCCAUUGCAACCAGUGCCUUCGUCGGCGCAACCUUGAGCCAUCGGUGAUCUUCCACAUGACUCGGUGCCAGCACGUCUUCUGUAACUCCUGUUUUAACGAACUUUCGGCAGAAAACAAAUGUAUAAUCUGCAAACGGGAGCUCAAGGCUGUGCCGAUCUCUCGCGAUAUGCCACAUACUUUUGGCAAUUACUUUGAGGACCCGCUCCGAUUCCUGGGGCUCUACCGCAAGGUCAGCAAGUUCCAAAACAAGCAGCGUACUUUUGACAACCUGGGAUUCUAUCGCCGGAUGCAGAAGCACGAGAAACAAAAGCUCCAGCUGGAGGGUUACUGCAAGCUGGAGGCACAGCUCAACCAGAAGAUUCAAAAGGAGAAGAAAUCCAUAGAGGAGCUGCGCAACUACAUCAAGUACUACGAGGACGCAGCCGAUAAGAAGCGACGGCCCAGUAUUGAAAAGAAAUCCCAUGCCUCGGAAUUAAAUACAAACUGGAGCAACCAGUCACAUCGUCCCCGGCCAAGGACACCCUCCGUAUCCAAUUCCGACGUAACCCAGUCGGACGAGUACAUGACAACCUUCUUUCUGGACUCGGACGUGGAUGGCCCGGAGGAGAAUCAACCUCGUCCAUCCGGCAAGAAAACAUUUCAUCUAUAAGUAUUCUCUAUCUUCCGUUAGAUAUUAAAGCUAUUUAAUAUGAAAAUCAUUAUUAUUAUUAAGUUAAGUUAUUAUUAUUUAAGUUGCAACUGAAUCAAGUCCUAAUUUUCAAAUUAAUCUUUCGGAACCCCUUCUGUUCUUUAUAAGCUUGAAGCAAUCUAAACAAUCAAAUGCUAAAUUUAGCAUUAUACUAUUAACUAUUGAAAAGGAAAACCAGAAAAUAUACCAGCGGAAUAGGAUAGCUUAUGUUUCAUUAACAGAUCUACAUAUAAUUUGUAAUUAAGAUCUAAGAAAUUAAGAUCUUAACCAUAAAAUCUUAAGCAUACUACUAAGUAUAUAUUUCCACCAAGAGAGCUUCUUCUAAAGAUCAUCGAGAUUAUAUUAUUAUUAUUAUUUAAGUUACAAUUGAAUCAAUUUACUAAUUAAUCUUUCGGAACCACUUACUUCUGUUCUUCAUAAGCUUGAAGCAAUCUAAAUAAUCAAAUGCUAAAUCUAGCAUUGAACUAUUAACUAUUGAUAAGAAAAACCAGAAAAUGUACUAGCAGAAUUAGAUACCUUAUGUUUCAUAAACAGUUAAACACAUAAUUUGAUCUUAACCAUAAA